AUGGGCUUUCCCUGCCACUAUCGUCGACCGGUGGUGACCGGCGCCCCCGUGCAGCAGUCAUCGCCGGAGUCAUCACGCGUGUCGGCAAUGGAGAAUCGCUUGGAGAUGGUGGAAGCACUCCUGCAACAACUGUCAGGGACUGCCGCGGGCUCGCGAGAUUCUCAUGACGAUGCAUCGAGCUUCACCGCGCCAUCCGAUGACACAACAUUGCCUGCAGUUGAGAGAGACAGUGUUGAUGGUCUAGGCACUAUCACGUUCUCCGGCGAGACCAUAUCACACUACUUUGGAUUGUCAUCCAACUCCGCCUUCGCGGCACAGAUCUCUCGAGCGGUGAAGACCAUCCAUCGUCCUGUUCCCGCAGUCUCGACCGCAACACCGAACUCAAAUCUCGAUACUAGUCUGGAAGGGACUGGUCGUAUUAUAGAACCACAUUCUACUAGCAAUGUACCGCCAUCAACUGCGAUGCUGUCACGCCCAGCAUCGCCAUUUAGACGGCUGCAACAGCGCAAGGCUGCCGACUUGUUACACCUACCACCCAGCAAUGAAAUGCUGCUUCUCAUCCAGGCGUACUUCAGUCGUGCCGGAGGUUACUUUUCCUACGUCAACAAGGCUUCAUUGGUACACUUUGCACAAAGUGUGCAGUCAGCCACCAUGUCGAACAUUUCACAACCAUUCCUCAGCCUGCUGAAUGCUGUACUCGCAUGCGGCAAAAGCCUCACGCUUCCUGACAGUCAGGACAUACAGGGCGAUGAGGCUCAAGCAGACGUGUACUUUGAGCGUGCGUUCGCUCUGUCGCCUUGGGUGGCAUCAAAUACUGCGAGCCUUGAGACAGUGCAAGGCCUCGCCGUCAUGACCCAAUACGCGGAGGGGACGUCUCGUUCUGCCAAGACCUGGAAGCUACACGGUCUAUUGGUACAAGCCGCAUACAACAUCGGCCUCCACGUCGAAGAUGACACCAACGCGCUGCAUUUCAGCCCGCUUGAGCUCGAGAUGCGGCGGAGAACGUGGUAUAUGUGUCUGACUUUGGACAGGAUGCUCAGCUCUACGCUGGGGCGGCCACCACUCCUACAGGAAGCACGGGUUACGAUACCGCUGCCAUGUGAACGUGACUUCAGUGACAAAACAUCGCCCUUGCAGCAGCCGUCAGCAGUCAUGGCCCAGACGACAUCGUACUGCGAUCUAUUCAUCGAGACAAUACAGCUCCAUCGCUUACUCGGUGACCUGCUCGGGGAGCUCUACGAUCAGAACCGAUCCUGUCGACAGUCGCUGGGCACUUCGGAUCUAUUGACAAGGGUGAUGAAGCUCGACGAACGUUGUCAUGACUGGCAGAGCAACCUGAGCCCAAGUCUCAAGCUGGUUCGGCCGGGCGACCACACUUCACCGACCGAGACGCCUGCUGACGGAGCCCGCGUUGUUCUCACCUUGAGAUACUUCAGCAUACAGUUGCUUCUGUACCGUUCGAUACUCACUGAGUAUCUCGGCCACGUUGCAAGUGGCACUCUUCCAAUUCAGACAGCUUCCAUGGAUGCCGCCUGUCAGAUCUAUGUGAGCGUUUGUGCGGACAUCGCCAAAGAGACCAUCGACCUUAUAGCCGAUGCUCAGAGAAGCGGUACAGCGUUGCCGUCAUGGUGGUUCGUAUUGUACUAUCUCUUCCAGUCGGCACUCGUCAUCUUCGGUACAGUCGUGUUCGCCAAGUCCAGUCUUGCCAGACCCAAUUUGUGCCAAUUUGACGCACUGGCUCAGUUGCAGAAAGCCGCUGCAAUGGUGGAGGUCGUAGCGAAGAACACCGUGAUCGCGAGAAGAUGCUCCAAGUAUCUUGUCGCCGUUAUUCAGGCUAUGCAGGCCCUGCAACUACCUUCCUCUCAGUCGGAGUCUCUCGACUUCCCGAAUGACAGCUCUGGUACUUUUGCGGAAGACUUUCUUGCCUUCAGUAAUAUGUCUGAGUUCGAUUUGCAUAGUAGCCUGUUCUCAGGAGACGGCAACUACCUGUUCGUGAGCUAG